AUGACUAUUGCAGGUGCCAUGGGGCUCAAAGCGGUGGCAGCAGCUAAAGCGGCCUCUGCCGCUGCCAAGCAAGCAGCUGCGCAGGCAAUUGCCAUGGCGCAAAACACAAACCUGGCUGCUCUUCAGGCAGAGCAGGCGCAGGCCAAUUUGGAGAAGUACGUCUAUGGAGUUCCAGUGUCGUCUGUUCCUCCUUCAGUGUCUCCCAUGCCCCCUGCUGCCAUACACCCGUAUCCGAUGAAGGCACAGAUGCCGCUGGCAAUUGGGUUGGCGUGUUUGGGCACGGAGGCACCUGGGGCACGAGCGAGGAAGCGACGGGCACCCAGGGUCUUGACCGACCUCGCAACGUUUCUGUAG